AUGUUAUUAUUCUCUACGCUUUCCAAUCUUGCGGCAGAGUACUUUCAGGCGACCUCAGUAUAUGAGUAUGACUGGCAUAGAAUCGCCGUUACGACAAUCGUUGUGAUAGUGUUGAUACUUUCCUCCUGGAUCUAUCUUGAGUCCCAAAUCGCCUGGUCAGGGUGCCCUAAAGAUUAUGAAGAACGGCCCCCAAGUCCUACUCGCGGACCAUCCCGGAUCUGCCUGUCCUGGGUCUUCCCAUAUGGCUGUACCUUAAACCGCGGUAGCACAUUCUAUAUCGAUUACCGCAACCCGGAUAGUCUGAGGGAGGAGUUAAGUCGGUAUGAUAUGGAUGGCAUUGUGGUAAUGCCGGUCUGGAAGGGCACUAUUUUCGGGCCUGGAAAAGUCCUUCUCGCAGACGACGGUAUCGAAACAUUAGACCUUCUUCGGGUUUCCGCCCACACCAUUUUUCUAGCCGUUUACCCUAAAGAAGCGUUUAAGGCGGUACUUACAACCGGAUGUCCUCUCUUGGAAAUGUUGGUAAAUCCAGGUCCAGCUUGGGAUAAACCAAAAAGUAUGAAUGAAUUUGUGGAUAUGGUUGAAGACUUCGAGGAGGAGCACGGUAAAAGAUGUGAGUAA